UCGAUAGAUAUGUGUAUGUUAAUCUUUACGAAUUUCGGCGAUAUUCACAGUUUUGUGUACGUAUUUUUUUGAAUUCGACGUGUUUUGUCGAAUUUCAAUCCAUUUUUUUUAAUUGUUAAGCUUAAUUCGGCAUUAGGAUUGUAUUAUAAAUAUUUUAGUUCGAAUUAUAUGUUUUGGUUAAACUGUAAUUGUUGUAGGGAUGUGAAUACGAAACAAUGGUUCGAAAAACGAGUGAAUAUAUUUGGUGGAUGUACUUUCUCUUUGUAUUGACAAUUGCUUCAUCAAUUAAAACAACCCAUGGAUGUCAAAUGGAUGGAGUUAUUAUGUGGCCGAUUCCAGUGUCUGAAAGUAUCUUAGAUACACACACUGGAUACGUGCUCGACAGAGGCACAACUGACAUCGAAGACAUCACCACAAUAAGGUACGGCGAGGGCUUAAACGCUGGACCCUACUUAGAAGUUUCCCACGCUCAGAACCGAUUCCAAAUGUGGGUUAACGAUGCUUAUAGAAACUACGAGGAGAACGAAGUCGCCCAGUCAAUGUCAAUGACCGUGACAUUCAGAUGUACCGGAGGCACAACCAAUACUCUGGUGUUUUUGAUAAACGUGAUCGAUACUAAUAACAAUGCACCACAGUUCAGGCCAAAUGACAUAUUUGAAUACGUUAUAACGACACCUCUCGCUCCCGGCUUCCUUGUAACGGGCUGCUUCAAUAACAUUGUCGUCAGAGACAUAGACCUUACAACGCAAAGAAUAGAUUUCGGAAUCGAAGAAAAUCCAUAUAUUGACAUCGCAUAUGAUUCCUCGCUUUCCACAACACCAAAAGAAUUUAAGGCCGUUCUAAGAACUAAAACCUUCAUUAGAACGAUACCUGAACUUCUCACACUUAAAAUUAGCGCAACGGACGUAGAUUUGACUGGAGACCCUCCCAGAACAACAUACGCCACGGUGCAUAUCAAGAGUGAUCCAGAAUUCGAAUUCCCUGAGGAACCGGUAUUCUCUCGAGCAUUUUAUUUGGCGAAUUACGAUGAAGGGAAAAUUACACAUGAUGCUAUAUCUUUGAGACAAGGUUUCGAUGACCAAGUCCAGUUUUCCCUAGACGGUGAUUACGCAACUAAUUUCCAAUUGAACCAAAACGGUAACCAAAUAACUUUAACUGUUAGAACACCACUAUCUAAUAUAGACGUGAGUCAAAUUUUACUGAUUGUCAAAGCCGAAAGGGAAUAUACGAGCGGAGCAUCAGCCACGGUCAUAGUGCAAUUACCUGAAGAAGUGAAUUUGGAAUUUGAAAGGGCUCACUAUAGUGGACAGAUCGAGAACAACAUCUUACGGCUGUCACAGCUGACACUAAUACAAGGCUUUGAAGGGUCAAUUUCCGCUCGAAUUAUUGGCGAACACGCAUCAUACUUUAGCGUUACAGUACAAGGAAAUUCUGUGACAAUAACAAUGGCCCCUCUAACAGAAAAUAUUAUUCGAGACAACAACUUUAUUUAUUUAGAAGUCAUAGUUUCCGCAGAGCGUGGCUUAGGCUCUGCAGUUGUUACAUUAGAAAUUAUUAAGGAUGAUAAUACAACACCAGUUUUUAGUAGUAAAAUUUACACGGGAAAUUAUGACGUCGUCAAUGGACUAAACAUAGAGCCUAUAUAUUUCGUCCAAGGAUAUGAUGAUUCAGUAUCCUUAAAAUUAGAUGGAGAUUCCUCUGAACUGUUUGAAGUAGAAAGAGACGGUGCUAUCAUAAAGAUUACUUCUUCAGCGUUGCCAGUAGAAAUACAUAGCCGAUCGAAUUUAAUUCUCUCAUUAGAAGCAACUAAACCAAGAACUGUUGGAGCGAAUGCAGCGAUUGUAAUCAAUCUUCCUGAAGAACCCAGUGAUGGAAUGAGUCUCCUCGGAUUUGAGAGGGUCACAUACGUGGGAUCCAUAGAAGAUAACACUGUAGCUCUGGGCUCAAUAGCUUUGACGGAAGGGUUCUCAACCAGCGUUUCCUUUACUUUGUUUGGCGAACUCGUCGAUUUCUUCACCGUGACGGCGUCUGGUUCGACUGUAACAGUUGGGCUCCAUAGGACCAUCCCAGAAGAUUUGAUCCCCGCUAACCGAGUUAUUGUCCUAGAGCUCCGAGCUUCAGCCCCACAAGCUGUGUCAGCUUACACUACUAUCGUUCUUACAAUCGCUAGGGAUGAGGAUUCGGCAGCUCCAGUCAACGAUCUUGUUUUUGCUUCACCACAUUAUACUGGAUCGUAUAGCGAAAUGAGUGGUUUGGUAUUCGAAACUCCCAUCUCUUUGUCUCAGGGAUACGAUACCGCAGUUCAAUUUUCAUUAGAAGGAGAUAAUGCGCAAUGGUUUAGCCUAAUCCAAAAUCAAAAUUCAGUUUCGUUGACAUUAAGGACUCCAAUACCGACAGCAGUUAUUGCUAACAACCGUAAACUCAUUUUCUCUGUCGCUGCACAAAGACCUGGCAGUAUCACGAUAAGAACCACAAUCAUCAUUUCCCUGAUCGACGAACCCAGUGAUGGAAUGAGUCUCCUCGGAUUUGAGAGGGUCACAUACGUGGGAUCCAUAGAAGACAACACUGUAGCUCUGGACUCAAUAGCUUUGACGGAAGGCUUCUCAACCAGCGUUUCCUUUACUUUGUUUGGCGAACUCGUCGAUUUCUUCACCGUGACGGCGUCUGGUUCGACUCUAACAAUCGGGCUCCAUAGGACCAUCCCAAAAGAUUUGAUCCCCGCUAACCGAGUUAUUGUCCUAGAGCUCCGAGCUUCAGCCCCACAAGCUGUGUCAGCUUACACUACUAUCGUUCUUACAAUCGCUAGGGAUGAGGAUUCGGCAGCUCCAGUCAACGAUCUUGUUUUUGCUUCACCACAUUAUACUGGAUCGUAUAGCGAAAUGAGUGGUUUGGUAUUCGAAACUCCCAUCUCUUUGUCUCAGGGAUACGAUACCGCAGUUCAAUUUUCAUUAGAAGGAGAUAAUGCGCAAUGGUUUAACCUGAUCCAAAAUCAAAAUUCAGUUUCGUUGACAUUAAGGACUCCAAUACCGACAGCAGUUAUUGCUAACAACCGUAAACUAAUUUUCUCUGUCGCUGCACAAAGACCUGGCAGUAUCACGAUAAGAACUACAAUCAUCAUUUCCCUGAUCGACGAACCCAGUGAUGGAAUGAGUCUCCUCGGAUUUGAGAGGGUCACAUACGUGGGAUCCAUAGAAGACAACACUGUAGCUCUGGACUCAAUAGCUUUGACGGAAGGCUUCUCAACCAGCGUUUCCUUUACUUUGUUUGGCGAACUCGUCGAUUUCUUCACCGUGACGGCGUCUGGUUCGACUGUAACAAUCGAGCUCCAUAGGACCAUCCCAGAAGAUUUGAUCCCUACUAACCGAGUUAUUGUCCUAGAGCUCCGAGCUUCAGCCCCACAAGCCGUGUCAGCUUACACUACUAUCGUUCUUACAACCGCUAGGGAUGAGGAUUCGGCAGCUCCAGUCAAAGAUCUUGUUUUUGAUUCACCACAUUAUACUGGAUCGUAUAGCGAAAUGAGUGGUUUGGUAUUCGAAACUCCCAUCUCUUUGUCUCAGGGAUACGAUACCGCAGUUCAAUUUUCAUUAGAAGGAGAUAAUGCGCAAUGGUUUAGCCUAAUCCAAAAUCAAAAUUCAGUUUCGUUGACAUUAAGGACUCCAAUACCGACAGCAGUUAUUGCUAACAACCGUAAACUCAUUUUCUCUAUCGCUGCACAAAGACCUGGCAGUAUCACGAUAAGAACCACAAUCAUCAUUUCCCUGAUCGACGAACCCAGUGAUGGAAUGAGUCUCCUCGGAUUCGAGAGGGUCACAUACGUGGGAUCCAUAGAAGAUAACACUGUAGCUCUGGGUUCAAUAGCUUUGACGGAAGGCUUCUCAACCAGCGUUUCCUUUACUUUGUUUGGCGAACUCGUCGAUUUCUUCACCGUGACGGCGUCUGGUUCGACUGUAACAAUCGGGCUACAUAGGACCAUCCCAGAAGAUUUGAUUCCUACUAACCGAGUUAUUGUCCUAGAGCUCCGAGCUUCAGCCCCACAAGCCGUGUCAGCUUACACUACUAUCGUUCUUACAAUCGCUAGGGAUGAGGAUUCGACAGCUCCAGUCAACGAUCUUGUUUUUGAUUCACCACAUUAUACUGGAUCAUAUACCGAAAUAAACGGCUUAGUGUUUGAUACGCCAAUCUCUUUAUCUCGGGGUUAUGAUGAAAUGGUUAUUUUUUAUUUGGAAGGAGAUAAUACGCAAUGGUUCAACCUGGUAAAAAAAGAGAAUAUUAUUUCCCUAACAUUAGCGAUACCGAUACCCUCAACGGUCCUCGCAAACAACCGAAAACUAAUUUUUAAUAUCGCAGCACAAAGACCUGGCAGUGUCACCGCGAGGGCCACAAUCAUCAUUUUAUUAUUAGAGGGUGAAGAGGUACCAUCAAAUGAAUAUUUCGAUAAAGUUCUUUAUGAGGGUCUGAUUCAGGGAAAUAUUGUGCGGCACGAGCAGAUAAAUCUUUUUGGGUUUCUCGGAGAGAACAUUCGAUUGAUUGGAGAGUAUGCAAGUCUGUUCGGCGCGAACGUUAACAAUGGUGUCAUCACUAUUCAGUUAUCCGGAUCGAUACCAGUGCCGACUGACGUUACACUCAUAGCUCUAGAACUACAUGCCUUACGCGCAAGAUCAGUGCUACUACUCACAGUGGAAUCUACAGAAAACCCGAAUCCGCCUCUGGUUGUUUUCGGGUCGUCGUCCUAUGCUCUGCGCGUCGAAAUUACACGGACCGGUCUCAUCGGUCGUGUUCACGCAAGCGCCGAUAAUGGAGAAGCGGUCACCUAUUCGCUCCGAACUGAAAACGUUCACUUGGUGGAUCGUUUGUCAGUGAACAACGACGGUGAAUUGCAUCUGUCCGCACCCGCUAGCUCCGGGGUUUACACUUUCGAAGUCGUCGCUACUACAGUCUUCACACGGGCUUCAGCUCUUGCUAUAGUACAUUUGACAGUUGAUGCAGCAACGAUAUGCGGUGAUGAUCUUGUUAUGCCGCCUCUUUUAGUUAUAGACAGAGAUGAAGAAUCACCUCACCGCGAUUUAGUUGCUUUAAACCCAGAGAAACACGAAGGAUGUCGUUACACCUUAACAAACCGGUGGCCGGUCGACCAAACUUGGCUAUAUGUUGAUGAUACAGGACUACACACAAGAGCCAUCGACAGAGAACAUGAAUCUAUAGCGUUCAUGAAAGUAUCACAAGUACAAGUUGAACUUAUCCUUCAUUGCGCGAACGAUAAGGUCCGAUCGAAGCGAUCUAUUGACCAAAAGACAAAUUCAAUUGCCGAUUAUGGGUCUAAGCAUUGGAUACUAACAGAUUCGAUCCUAUACAACUCUAGGCGUAGUUUUGUGAAUUUGAUCGUGAAUGAUAUAAAUGACAACGCACCCGUGUUUGUUGGAAAGGAAAAUGAACCGAUCGCUGUGGGCUACCCGAUCUCCGAUUUAGAAGAAGUCUUGCUACCACGCUCUUUGGCCGAGUUAAAGGCCUCGGACGCAGAUAUAGGCGAGAAUGCAGUCCUUCGUUACUGGAGCCAUGAACCCGCGGUGGUGGUUUCUCCUACAACAGGAUUCGUUCACGUACGCUCCGGAGCUCGCCUACAUGAUAACAAAGAGUUUACAGUGCACGCUACAGACAGAAACGGAGAAGGACUCACCGGACAUAUAAAACUACUUGUGAAAUUACUGAAUGUGAACAACAUAGCGGUUGUUACAGUUCAGAAUUCAUUCCUAGAUGAUGAAAUAAAAAUUAUUUCACAACUAAGCACCGGUGUUGGAUACGAAGUUAAAGCACUGAGGUCCGAUAUAAUAUCAGAUGCCGCCCAACCUAGCGACGACACAAGGAAGGAACGUGAUGCGGGUGUGGCUGGAACUACCAUGCAGCUCUAUAUUUAUGGAUUAAACGAACGGCAACCGGUUUCAGUGAAAAGACUAAUAACUGACAUAAAUAACAUUGCAAUUAUCGUGGACAUCGUGGCGAAUGCCAUAUCUCUUGAAGAUCAUCUAGAAGGUCGAGAGAUAUGCGUCAUUGCGGAACGUGAUACCGGCUUGUUGAUCGCGUGCAUACUCCUUAGUAUCCUGCUCUUCAUAAUAAUAGUUGUAGCUGUUGUCUGGUCCAUACUUAAAAGAAGAAAAAGUCCGCAUUAUUCACAAUUCAGUGACAAAAAUAGCAUAGCGUCACGAACUAACUCACUGGGUCAGCUACCGAAAACGGAAGCAGAACAAAAGCCGAGACUUUAUAUAGAAGAUUUAAGAAAAAGUGAACGAAAACUUCAGGAAAUAUUAGAUGCUCCUCCUCUUGAGGAAGUUAAAGCCUCGACAUCGACAGAAAAACUGAGUGAGCCUCCAACAGAAUCAAUAAUAGAUAUACCUGUAAUGGAACCCAGCUUGCCCAUAGUAAUUCAAUCAAUAGAUAAACUUAAAGAUGCAACGGAUGAAUCUGAUGACGAUGAAUUUGGCGAAAAUAAAAAGAACAGAAGAAAAUCUGUAGUAACCUUUAACGAAAACGUUGAAAAGAUAAUUCAUGUGGAAGAUGAUGAUGAUUCUACCUCGGUUCCGGGACAAAACCGUUAACAUCGAUAAGAGACAACGGUCUCGAACACUCCCUAGAUGAUUUAUACUAGUAGAACAACAACCUACCAGAUCUCAACAUAUUUAGUCAAUUAAAAACCCAUGUUUGGGCAUCAUUUGCGAGCCAAUGUCCUCUUUAUUGCCGACCCUAAGAUAUUAUCAGAUAUUUUUUAUUUGUUUUGGAAUACUAAAGAAUCCAAGUUAGGUGUGCCGUAUUCAACGUUUUUUCUUAAUCAAGCUACACACAAUGACAUUUGUGUGUUACUUUAAUCAAAUCAUGGUUGUAUAUAGCUAUACCAAGAAUUCUGCAGUGCCCUUUAACACAUGAGAUCGAAGUCUCAACUGCGUUUAAAUUUCAAAAAGAAUAUUUCUUAAGUAAAGGAAUUCCACGUCUUACAUACCAUACACACAAAUCUGCUGAAUCGUCUACAUAUUUUAUUAACCCGUUUCGGAGCAUAUUUUUCGUCUCAUUUAAAGGAUUUUGACCAUUUAGAGAAACGAACUUAAUGAGUUUUUUGCCCCCAGGCAAAUCUAAAAUCAAUUUUUAGAUUUGUUUUCUUCAUGACAGUUUUAAAACCAGAUAAGGCGUGCAGAAUUUAAUGUUUACUUGUCAAGUAUCCUUUUGAAAUCAGAGUUGUAUUUGUAGGCAAAAUAAGAUUUAAUAAUAGUAAAUAUUUUGUCGAAAAUCCAAAUAUAUGCUAAAACAUAAACUUUAUUACUUAGUACCUUCGUAAAAUGUUUAGUUUUACGUUCUAUGUGUUGAAAAGGAAUUAUACUGUUCAUGCAAUAACUUGCAAUUAUGAAGUAUGUUUCGCAGCCAUACUAAAUAUUAUAAUCAUAUUUUGCCAUUUCUGUAAAGACAAUAGAGAGCAUAAUGCGGCGACACAAAAGUUUCGGUGUCAUGUAAAGCAGUGAUUUCAACGAGCAGUCACCAUGCCGUGUCAUUACCUAAAUAUAUUAAGCACAGUAAAACACACACUAAAUUUGCAAUCUUUAAUAGAUUUUCAAAAGUGGAGGACAGAAUUAGAGACAAUAGCUGUAGUAAAGAUUUUGAUCAUUGCCCAAAAAAAUCUAGCGCUACACAUAUAGCUGUCACAAACUUGUAACAAUAUAAUAUUAUGACUAAACUGGUAUUUACAGUUACUUUUCGGUCGACCGUUUUAAUGUUAUUUACCUAUGGAUUUUGAUAUUCACGGGGCGGUUCGAGCCAGGUCAUAUCCUUUUGUAAAUCAUCAUAUAAUCUUAAAUUUAAAACUUGUAUCUUUUUGUACGUGCCAAUAAAUUAAUAAAGAACGUGUUUAUGAAUA